AUGGAAAAGAAGAGGGCUUCACAAUUGGGAGUUGUGUUGUUUCUUGUUGUGGUUCUUUUGGUCCCAACCCAAACCGAGUGUGUUCUUUCCUCUCAACAAGAACCAGUCCAAAUAAACGGGGUAAAAAUGAUGACUUACUAUAAGCCUACUACAGCCAUAGACACAGGACCAUCAACUAGUAGACCUGGUGGUGGUGGUAAAGCGUCUCCUUAG